AUGGUCAUCGUCGGGUAUGGCCGCCAAGGAAGGGGCUGCUGUAUCCGGCUCCUCGACCGGCCUUCUCCGAACGACUCCAAGGGGAACUUGCCGGGCGGAGUGGAUCUGAGGACAUCGAAAGGCGGUUCCAAGGUCGAGCGCCAGGAGCGUAUCAUCGCAUACCUUGAGGCUGUGCAGGGUGAAGGCUAUGGCUUCCUCCGGGGAGACAGGGGCUGGCUGGGAGGCCAUGUGCGGCCUGGCUUUGGUUCUUGGCUGGAAACGAUGGGCUGCCGCGGCAAAGUGCUCACCCCUGUUGAUCUCCUCGGGCCCAGCCAUCGCUGGCUGUAUCUCCGGGUCGAGAAGCCGAAAAGCCGUCGGAAGUCUGCGAAAGUUCAGCAUGCCAAGCUCGAUGACCUGGUUUGUCUACAGCUUGCCGCCUGGCUCUGGCAAGACCUCCCUCCCGGUGAGCUCUUGUACCCUGGGUCUCCAGCUGUCUACAGGCGUCGAUGGGACGCGCUUCUUGCCAAGCUGAAGAUCCCCGCCUUGGUCAAGCUGACACCUGGCUCUUCGAGGGCCGGCGGAGCCAUCGCCGCCUUCCAGAAAGGGCUUUCGGUCAACGACUUGCUUUGGCGGAUGAGGCUUAAAAGCCUUUCAACCUUGGAAUACUAUUUGCAAGAGAUGUCGGCGAUUUCGAUUCUUCCAUCCCUAGGCCAGGCAACAAGACGGAGGAUAUCUGCGGCUUCUCUACUCUUUCCUACCGUUGUUUCGGGCGACUUGGGCCGGUGA